GAGCGCGGCGCAUGCUGGGAGUAGCGGUGGGUGCUUGGCAGCAGGAGGGGGAAAGCGGAGCCGGGAAGGAGGUGACCGUCCUGGGUCCUCACUGUCGGCGGCGGCCGGCGUUGCCCCGGGGUAGGCAGGCUUUUCAGCGAGAGUACCCCUCCCUCGUCAGCCCAAAGAGCAAUCAGGGUUCUCUGCCCUGUGGGAAGUCCAAGGACCACCCUCCUCCAUCCAGGUCUAGUAAGGAUUUGAGUUGGUCAAAAUGAGCAAUCGUAAGACCAAGAGUAACAACGUAAUACAUGCAGAAUGUCUUUCAGAGGUACAAAGAAUCUUACGUGAAAGAUUUUGUCAUCAGAACCCACAUAGUAACCUAUUUGGAGUGCAAGUACAAUACAAGCAUUUAAUUGAGCUACUCAAAAGAACUGCUAUCAAUGGAGAAAGUAACUCUGUACUCAUUGUUGGACCACGAGGAUCAGGAAAGACCAUGUUAAUAAAUCAUGCUUUGAAAGAACUAAUGGAAAUACAAGGAAUGAGUGAGAAUGUGUUACAAGUUCACCUAAAUGGACUGCUGCAGAUAAAUGAAAAAAUUGCUCUGAAGGAGAUCACACGGCAAUUAAAUCUAGAAAAUGUAGUUGGAGAUAAAGUUUUUGGAAGCUUUGCUGAAAACCUUUCAUUUCUUCUGGAAGCUUUAAAAAAAGGUGACAGGACUAGCAGUUGCCCAGUGAUCUUCAUCCUGGAUGAAUUUGAUCUUUUUGCUCAUCAGAAAAACCAGACACUCCUUUAUAAUCUUUUUGACAUUUCUCAAUCUGCACAGACGCCAGUAGCAGUUAUUGGUCUUACAUGUAGAUUGGAUAUUUUGGAACUCUUGGAGAAAAGAGUGAAGUCGCGGUUUUCUCACCGGCAAAUACAUUUAAUGAAUUCAUUUGGUUUUCCACAGUAUGUGAAAAUAUUUAAAGAACAGUUAUCUCUGCCUGCAGAAUUUCCAGAUAAAGUUUUUGCUGAGAGGUGGAAUGAGAAUACUCAGUGUCUCUCAGAAGACUCAACUGUGCGUGAAGUUUUACAGAAACAUUUCAAUGUCAACAAAAACAUGCGGUCAUUACAUAUGCUAUUGAUGCUUGCUUUAAAUCGAGUAACAGUAUCACACCCCUUUAUGACUUCAGCAGAUCUAAUGGAGGUGCAACAUUUGUGUAACCUGGAUUCUAAAGCAAGUAUUGUACAUGGUCUGUCAGUCUUGGAAAUCUGUCUUAUAAUAGCAAUGAAACAUUUAAAUGACAUAUAUGAAGAGGAGCCCUUUAAUUUUCAAAUGGUCUAUAAUGAGUUUCAGAAAUUUAUUCAAAGAAAGGCCCAUUCUGUUUAUAACUUUGAGAAACCUGUGGUCAUGAAGGCGUUUGAGCAUUUACAACAAUUGGAAUUAAUAAAACCCAUGGAAAGAACUUCAGUCAAUUCACAGAGAGAAUACCAGCUAGUGAAACUACUUUUGGAUAAUACUCAAAUUAUGAAUGCUCUACAGAAGUACUCCAACUGCCCUACAGAUGUCAGGCAGUGGGCAACAUCCUCACUAAGCUGGCUGUGAAUCUUUUAUGUACAUUUCUGUAAAAAACUAAAAGCUACUACUGCCCUUUAAAAGAGAUAUAUUAUUACAUUCCUUUGUUUAUAAAUAUUGUUUAUGAGAAACUUGAACUUAACUAUCUUGCCUAUUUGUUGAAUCAUGACUGCACAUACACAAAAUUCCAUUGAUUUAAAUUGUACUACAUUAGUAGCAAUUCAAAAGAAUAAAAUUUUAGGGAUAGUCCACAUGAUGAUGUGAGGCUCUUGAAGAAUGUAUGUGGUCUUUUGGAAAAGGUGGUUUCAACUAAGUACUCAGUUUACCGAAGGUAAUCCUAAGCAGUCAGGAGACAACAAGGAGCAGAAAUUACAUGAUUAUUUCAGCUACAGUAGGAACUUGUCGAGAUUGGGUUUGGUUUUGCAGUAUAAGAAUUUUGGGUCUAAUCCAAAUUUCCAUAGACUGGCCCACUUGGGCUGAAGAAAAUUUGUGUGGAAGGGGUUGAAAACUCUUGAGCAUUUUCUUCUGAGUAUCUUAUCAGAAUCUCGUGUAGGGAUUUUUUAAGUGUACAUUCUGAGUCUACUUUAGUUCAGAAGGAAUCAGAAUUUGCUAUCUAACAUGUACCUUAAAGGAUUCCUGGGAAACCGCUUUUACAGAUGGGAAGUGUUAGCAGUGUGCUUCAAAAAGUCAGUCAAAGGUCCAGAUCAUAAAUUCAGACCUAAAAGUAACAGGUUGAAGUUUAAAAAUGGAACUUUAAUCAUUCAAUUUGUUCAAGAAUAUUUGAUUGCAUAUUUGGUCAUAGUGAGGUUUUAUGAAAUACAUAAAUCUGUGUGCAAUUUAUAAAGUAUUUAACUGCAGAACUGAAUAGUGUUUACAGACUAGAAAACUAGCACACCAGCGCUAUGUCUAGGAUCACAGCACGGGAAUGUCUGGUGUGACUAAAGCCCAUGUUAUUAAAAACUGAAGCUCAACCCGGCAAUGGCACACACCUUUAAUCCCAGCACUUGGGAGGCAAAGACAGGCAGAUCUCUGAGUUCGAGGCCAAUCUGGUCUACAAGAGCUAGUUCCAGGGCAGGCUCCAAAAGCUACAGAAAAACCUGCUCAACUGCACAUUUCUUACUGUUUUACAGGACACUUUCAAGAAAUAAUUUGGCUGAUUUCUGUGCAUUAAAGUACCACCUCAUAGUUAAAAACCCAUAUUCUUCUGACACAGCCUUUCCUACAAUAAAACAUGGUAACUUUUUUAUGUCUUAAGACUUUUUACCCAGCCAUAUCUCAUUAAGUCUAAGGCUUGCAUAGUGGUUUGAUAACAUACAUAGUUAGCCUACACAUUUUCAGCAGUGAACAAAUAUUUAACAAUAUUAAGCAAUAUUACCUGAAUAAAAGCAAAAUUUUUCCUUUAAAAAACUAGCAGCAGGACAAGGUGUCUGUAGUCCCACGAUAUAGGAGAUUUGUUAAAAGAAAAUCAAGCAUUUGUUCCUGCAGAGACCAGGAAAGCAGAAGCAGCAGCUGGGAGCAUGCUCGCCAGAUUUAUAGGUAAACAUUAGCCCUAGGCAAACCCACCCCCUAAGGGGCUGGACUUAUCCCUACAUCUCCUCCUUUUUGUCUAAAUAAGACAGAACUAAAUCUAAUAAAAAUGACUUCCUAAAAAUAACAACAAUGUAUGGCACGGAAGUGUGUAUCUGUAAGGUACAACUCCACAGCUUCAGAGGUGGAGCCUACAUAACAGUUCCAAAGCACCCUGAGGAAUGGUAACAGAAAUUAUGACUUGAAGAUUCUCUGCAAUGAAGAAAAAUACUGAAAAUCAAGAACUCAAGAUUCCCCUGGGCCAACAGAUGGAGGAACUACCAAAAAGGACUUAAGACUGUUUCCAUGUGGCCUACAGAAACUUGGAUCUUGUUUAAAAGGCAUUUCUGAUUUAUAUGCAGACACAUGUCUCUGAGAAAUUAAAAUCUGUCAUUUAAACUUC